CUUGAGUUCGUGAAAUGUUUUGGAUUAUCUAGAUCGGCUUGAUUUCGUGCAAGAGGUGUGCUAUAUAUCACAGAACGGCCCCGAGAACCUGGACUACGAGAUUAAGAUGUUCGCGGAACUCGAUGCAAAGGCCCCGUCCCACGUCCCGCUGGCCUCUUCCUCGUCUAGAUUCCCGAGCUCCAAGUCUAUCUCGGAUUGUAAGCACAACCCGCCUUACCUCAUCCCGUCCGUGAAGUCGUCCCGCACCCCGGCGCCGAUCCCAAGAUCAUUGAGCAAGCCAUGGAUCUUUGCUGAGCCAUCGGCCAGCAGCCCUUCCUCAUUAAAGUUGAGACGCCGGGUUUCGUGCUCAACUAAUUGCAGGUAGCGCCCAUCUAUUAGGCAUACUCGCUCGUCUGCCACGGGAUGAUUUCCCCGGGUGAUCUGGACGUUGCUAUUACCGGUGAAUUCGACCUACGCUGGGCUAUGAGCGGGCCGUUCAUGAACUUGAGUCUUACGGGCUGGAGUGGUCUUGGAGGUGUAGAAGGGGCCUGGAGCAUUUGGGGCCGCCGGCGGAUGUGCAGAGAAAGGACCUGUAGGAGCAUAAGUCCGAGCUUGAUGAUGAGAGUAAGGAGGAUAUGACGGAGGGGGCUGUGGGGAUGUUUGAGGGCUAUGGAGAGGGUGUGCCUCGGAUGCUUAGGGCUAGAGAUGAGGCGAUUGUUGACUCUGCACUUAAGGAGGAUAAGGAU